UAUAUAUAUAUAUAUAUGUAUGUAGAUAUAUCUAUAAAUCCUUGCGUGUAUAUGCACUGGUGUGCGUGCGAACACUGUGAGCAAAGUAAAAUAAAAUAAGACAGCGUGUGAACGCUCGUGUGCAGUAAUACGAACUAAAUUAAAUACUGUGCGAUACAAAGAAAAACGGUGAAAAUACUUCAUAUAUAUGUACAUAUGUAUAAAGAUAUAUAUCUAAAAUUGCGAGUUCCAACGGUGCAUGCACGUAAUUAAGGAGAAUUUAAAGGAAGCGGAUAUUACAAACGUAAAUUACCCGGGUCAUUAAGGCACUUGACGGUGAAAAACGUAAUCAAGGCAACAAAAAAAAAAAAAAAAUCCUCGAAAAAAGGACGAUAAAAAAAACCAAACGUUUGCUCAUUACGUUCGCUCGUAUCGUUGCCGCUGUUGUUAUAAAACACUAGAAAAAAUGAGGUGUUUACUUUUGAUCACCACCGCUUGUCUGGUGUUGAUGUCAUCCGGUCUGAGCGGCGCUGAUGCCAAGAAAAAGAAAUAUGUAGGCGAAAAUGGUGGCGACUUCGAGUUUAUCGAUGAGAUAAAUAAAAACUCGCAAGUACAAUCGAAGAGCAUCAACGGCGAACGCAAGCGCUGGAUCCACGAUCCCACAAGUGACCUUUGUCGGCCGUUAAAUUGCAAAAAACGUGAAAUUUGCCUGUUGGAGGAUGAGUACAGCGCAGUGUGCGUUUCGAAGCGUGACUUACACAAGAAUCGUGAUGAAAUAAUCACGAAAGCCAAGUACUUGGAAGAGGAGGCGGCUAAGCGACGCGCAAACAAGGACAUCACCAACCACAACAAUAACAACAAUAACGACAAUGACAAUGAUGAUGAGGAUGCAAAGAAUUUUAGCUCCGAUGAGGAUUCCCGUGAGGACGAUGUCUUUUAUGAGAACAACAACACAGCCGGCGAUAAGGACGACGACGAGGAUGAAGACAAUUGUAAGCCCUGCCCGGUGGCUAAGCCAACUUUCUUAUGCGGCGCCGACAACCGUACAUACUCAUCGCUAUGCAGAUUGGAUUACCACAACUGCAUACAUUCAACAAUCAUAAGGAUAGCCUGCAAGGGAUUCUGUCCAUGCAAGGAAAAUACCGAUGGUAAACGCUUGCAGCGUUUGAAUGAGCGCCAAAGCGCUUUCAAUGCCAAAUAUAAGAAGACAAUUGAACAACAACAGCAGCAGCAACAACAACAGCAGAAACAACAAAUGCAACAACAACUCAUGUACAAGGACAACAGCAAUAGUAAUAAUAUUUUGGGCAACUCGAACGAUAAUUUGGACAACACUUUGAAUAGCAACAAUUUUAAUGCUAUUAUGGAUGAUAAGGAUGAUAACAAUCGGCAUUACAAUCACAUAAAUUCGCAAUUCACAUUCACACCGGAGGAAAUCAAAUACGAUAAUAAACACUAUAAGUACCUCAAGUAUACCGCCUACAAGAAGGACAGCCAAUAUCCAGAGGAUAAACAUAAAAUUCGUGGUUAUAAUGAGGUUAUCGAGAAACCACAAAAAUACAACAAAAAUAGCCUGAACAAUGGUUUCCCAUCCAAAUCGCCCGAAUGUAAACCACAACAGCUGACCGCUAUCGGCAAUCGCCUGCUUGAUUGGUUUUCUGUCAUAAUGGCUGACAGCAAGAAACGCCGUCAGCAUAGCCAAAAAUCGAAGGCGCAUUUCCCACCCGCUUGCAAGACCGAAGCUAAAUGGAUGUUUGGUCAUUUGGAUUUGAACAACGAUGGCUAUUUGUCGCUACAGGAAAUGUACGAUUUGGAACAUGAUCAGAAUGAGCGCUGCAUUAAACCAUUCAUCGAUACUUGCGAUCUUGAUCAGGACAAUUCGAUUAAUACGCGCGAAUGGUGCCGUUGCUUCGAGAAGACCGAUCGCCCAUGCGCCGCGGUUCGACGAAGAAUCGCUGGCGACUUUGCAGGCGCCUAUGCACCGGAUUGCGAUGUUCAGGGCUUCUAUAAGCCUACCCAGUGUCACAACUCCGUCGGCGUUUGCUGGUGUGUGGACAAGCAUGGAGUCGAAUUCGCCAACACACGCACCCGAGGCAAACCCAACUGUGGUAAGUUGUUGCAUGACAAAUUUGUAAAUUCAUUUGUUCACAUCAAGGCACAG